AUGGAUGCAAACUACGGAUCGCGUUUUCAAGAGUGGAUUCGUAACGAGGAAAAUCUGCCGGCAAGUGCACCGCGUCUUAAACGAAUCGCAAAUCAGUAUUCGUUCAAACGAUUGGUUCCCGCGUUCAGUUAUAUCAUCAAAAGUUGGCGUAUUGUGAAUAUUGGAAAACUGUUAAAGACUCUUUGUGAAGAUUGGUCUGGUAACAAAGGACACGAAGAUCGCGGGAUUUUGAUUGGUCGAUUGACGGAAAAUUGGCCAUCGGAAUAUGUUGCGUCACUUGUCUGCGAUUUUCUUACGUCAAAACCAUAUAUUUUAUGCGAUUCCAGUAGUAGUAAGCAUCAAGAAGCAAAAUUAGAGUUACUUAGACACAAAGUAACACUAGAUAUUUCAAAAGCGCGAUUUCUUAAAGCAUUGACACGAGAUUAUUCCCUUGAUCGAGUAAAAGCUGUCUGUUCCCGAUUAGGACCAUUUAAUAGUCGCACAGGAAUUCCGUAUGCAAAUUUUCGUGCGGAUCAACCGAUCGUUACGCAAAUCGCUGCAUUGGAAUCAUCCAUGUCUUCAAAUAUGAUGCCUAAAGAUGUCUGCGUGAUAGAUUGGCAGAUUCCGGUUGCUAUUGUUAAACUCGCAAGACGUAAGGAACUUCAGAAACAGAUUCUUCCAAAUCGAUUAUUACCAAUUAAUCCUGUAAAUAAUAUCACUAUUACUGGUAAUAAUCAUUACAACAAUAACAAUACUGGAUCAAUUCACAACGUCAACGUUGACAAUCAAGAACAUCAACCGUAUAAUUUUGUCUUUGGAUACCCGAGUGAUCAACCACCACCACAACAAACAUAUGGUUACCCUUCUUUUGCAUUCUCUCAAUAG